CCAUUUGAAGUUCUCUCUCUCUAUCUUACCUCGGGCCUCAACCAUCUCUUCCCGGAGCAGGCUACAACCGACGGCAAUAGACUCGGCGCUGGACUAAAUACUCAAUACUCAUGGCAGCUGGUCUUUUCAAUGCUCCGAUCAGCUGCACGACUCAACAGUGAUUGUUGCCGGUCCUGUAGCAACUUGAAGCCUCUUAGGGGGGGUAUAAUUGGAAAGGCGAACGCGAGCGGUGAGUUUAACGGAGCGCGAAAAUGCUGGCGUGCAUCGCAUGUGCAAAGCCGGAGCUGGAGGACGGCGGGGAGGAUACCGCGCGUGCGGGGACACCAAGCAACAAAGACGCCGUCAAAAGCCUGAGUUCUCAGCUAAAAGACAUGGUGCUAAAGUUCUCCGGCGUUUACCGUCAAUGCAAGGGAGGCAGCGCCACGUCCUUCCGCUCAAAAUCACAUCACCACCAUCGCUACCCUGUCAUGGAUGAUUACGACGCUGACGGCCACUACACCUACCUCGGUCCCACGAGCUCGACCUCGACGCCGGCGUGGGACUUUACGAGCGUGAGGAAUUCGGAGCCGGGAACGUCAACUGAUGGCAGAGCAAGAGCAAAGUGGGUACUCCCCGGCGGCUCCGGCAUAUCAGCAGCAGCCGGAGAGAAGGAUGUUCCUUUGCAGGAUGAUGGGGAUGGUGAGCCCAAGGAGUGGAUUGCGCAAGUCGAACCAGGAGUCCACAUUACCUUUCUUUCACUCCCUGGCGGCGCUGGCAAUGAUCUCAAGCGAAUUAGAUUCAGCCGGGAGAUGUUCAACAAGUGGCAGGCGCAGCGGUGGUGGGGCGAGAACUACGACAGGAUAAUGGAACUGUACAACGUGCAGAAAUUCAGUAGACAAGCUCUCCCUACACCCCCCCGCUCCGACGACGGCGGUGAGCAAAGGGAGUCGUUCUAUUCCCGGACUGGUUCUACGAGGGAGAGUCCAGUGACCCCUCCACUGGGCCGGGACCGGCUACUUCGCACCGGUUUCCGGCCGCCGUCAACUUCAAGCAGAGGAGGUGGAGCUUACUUGCCGUCGGUGCCGGACCCGUCGGAGUACAUAAUGCCUCAUCAUCUAAGGCCAAGUGGCAGUAGCAGCGGGGCGGUGGCGGGGCAGGUGAGAGCGGAGACAUCGUCGGUGGAUGCGUCGAGGACGACUACUUCGUCGAGAGAUGAGGCGGCCUCUAUCUCUAUAAGCAAUGCUAGUGAUCAGGAGGCGACGGAGUGGGUGGAGCAGGAUGAGCCGGGCGUUUAUAUAACUAUUCGGGAGCUGCCUGAUGGUGCCCGAGAGCUUCGUCGCGUCAGAUUCAGCCGAGAAAGGUUUGGAGAAGUACACGCCAAGUUGUGGUGGGAGGAGAACAGAGAACGGAUACAGGCGCAAUAUCUAUAGGCCUGUUUCGAUAAUUUUCACUAAUUUGACAACAGUAUUGGAGGUGUCACAGUGGGAAAGAAAUGGGGGAGAACAGGAGUGGAGGGAAGGAUGAGAGGAAAGAUAAAUGUUAUUGUGAUAUUUUAUUUAUUUAGCUGUUAGGUAAUCUAUCUUUGUAACAGGUCGGGUUUGAGGCCUUGGAUGAGGCUCUUUUCUAGUAUUGUACUAUUUUGUGCUUGGGCUCUGAA